GGGCCGGCAGAUGAGGAUGGCAAUGUCUGUGAUCCAAGCGUGCCGCAGCCUGGCGCUCUCAACAUGGCUGCUGUCCUUUUGUUUCGUGCAUCUGCUGUGCCUGGACUUCACCGUGGCCGAGAAGGAGGAGUGGUACACGGCCUUCGUCAACAUCACCUACGCCGACCCGGCGGGCGGCGGCGCCGAGCUCCGCAGCGAGAAGAGCGAGUGCGGGCGCUACGGCGAGCAGUCGCCCAAGCAGGACGCCCGCGGGCAGGUGGCCCUGUCCGCCUCGCCCGCCGACCGCUACGCCUGCGACCCCGGCACCCGCUUCAACGCCCCGGCGCCGGGCAAGAGCUGGGUGGCCCUGAUCCCGCGGGGAAACUGCACCUACAAGGACAAGAUCCGCCACGCCGCCGCCCAGAACGCCUCCGCCGUCGUCAUCUAUAACGUGGGCUCCAGCAACGCCAACGAGACCAUCACCAUGCCGCACGCAGGCCUUGAAGACGUGGUAGCAAUAAUGAUUCCCGAGCCCAAAGGCAAGGAGAUAGUGAGCCUGCUGGAGAGGAACAUCACGGUGAUGAUGUACAUCACCAUCGGGACGCGCAACCUGCAGAAGUACGUCAGCCGCACCUCGGUGGUGUUCGUCUCCAUCUCCUUCAUCGUGCUGAUGAUCAUCUCCCUGGCAUGGCUGGUCUUCUACUACAUCCAGAGGUUCCGCUACGCCAACGCCAGAGACAGAAAUCAGCGGCGCCUUGGAGAUGCUGCGAAGAAAGCAAUCAGCAAGCUGCAAGUCAGGACUAUCAGGAAAGGUGACAAGGAAACUGAGCCAGACUUUGAUAACUGUGCUGUUUGUAUCGAAGGCUACAAGCCCAAUGAUGUUGUCAGGAUAUUGCCUUGCAGGCAUCUGUUCCACAAGUCCUGUGUGGACCCCUGGCUGCUGGACCAUCGCACCUGCCCGAUGUGCAAAAUGAAUAUUCUAAAAGCUCUGGGGAUUCCGCCCAAUGCAGACUGCAUGGAUGACAUACCGCCAGACCUGGAGGCGUCCAUCGGGGGCCCCCCGACGAACCAGAUCACGGGGGCCAGCGACACCACGGUGAACGAGAGCUCCGUGGCCCUGGACCCCCCUGCCCGGAGCGUGGGAGCGCUGCAGGUCAUCCAGGACGGGCCCUCCUUCCCCCAGCCCGCCGAGGGCACCUUCACUGCCACCAAUGAGCAGGAGCCAGCAGUCAGCAGUGAUUCAGAUAUCUCAUUGAUCAUGGCCAUGGAGGUUGGACUCUCCGACGUGGAGCUUUCCACGGAUCAGGACUGCGAGGAGGUGAAAUCCUGAAAACAGAGCUCCAGCACCAAACCACAGGGCAGGGCCACAGGUAGGGACCCAGCCAGCUCUCUGGGGUUUGGAGCAGUCAUGCCAAUGCCUCCAGAGCACUGUCAUCCUGCACACUCCAUGCUGAGAUGGUGAAAAGCAAUAGCAGCUGCUGUGUCUGCCUGGAUGCGGUUCCAUCGCCUGCACACCUGUCUGGCUCACCUGGGACAUGGACACAUCCAGAUUGUGCUCGAGAGCACUCAUGGGGCUCUCCAGGGGCUCCUCAACGUGCAACUGAAAUGACAGCUUGAGUGUUUUUUACACUUGUUCAAUCCAGUUUCUGUUAUGUUUUUGAAAAGGCAUAUGUUUAUUUUGUUUGUUUGUUUAUGGUUUGUUAUGGACAAUGUUUCUAUUGACUGACCCCAGCUUUUUCAAGAGUUCAGUCCAGACACCCGAAUUCCCGUUCAUUGGUCACGUCAUGAUCUGAGCAGGAUUCAUCCCUGCCUUGUUGUUUCUGCAUUAAUUACAUGUGGCUGGCUCCAGAAGGAUCAUGCACCAGCACCCUGCAUUAAGUAACACCUGCCUUCAUUAGGUGGCAGGCUUGGAAAUGGUACAUUCUGAAGGCUUUCAUUUGUAAUUUGCUUGUAUUUCUGAAUUAGCAGAAAUCUGGGUUAAAAUGGCAUUAGUUUGUGUCUUAAAGUUCUGUUCUAGACAGGUAUUGUACAGUGUGAAGGAGAGAAAGAGCUUGAAGCAUCACUCCAUCCAUGUGCUCCUGUCCUGUAUUUUAUGCUAUUCACAGGUGUCAGUACAUUUGUGUUCUUCCUCCAAGUGACAAUUCCGUAGCUGGAAAAAAAGAUCUAAUAUAACAUCACUUCUUAAUUUUACAGACCAAAACCAGAUCAGUGGGCUGAGGGAGCAUCUGAGAGGUUUCCAGAGGCUGCUUAUUAACAGUUCUGCAUUGAGCAGGUGACAGUAUUCUUACAAAGGGUCUGGAGAUGAUGCUGUCAGUGUCAGAAAUUGCCAAGGGAGCAAGAGGCAGCCAUUUGAAAUGUUUAAUUCCUGGUUUGCUUUGGGUCUUUUCACUUAGCGUGUUUCAUUUCUUACAUUUUGACAGCAGUUUUUGUCUGCUUGUUAUCUAACAAGAGUUCAGGUGGUUUGUUGCCCUCCAGAGUCCCUGUCUUUGUUUUCAGAAGAAUAUUUGCAAUUUGUAUACAGGUACAUACACCAAAAUAUACUGGGGAGGGAAUUUGAAAAUAAAAGAACUAAUACAAAUCAAAACACCUAAAUAAUAAUGACCUGACCUAAUAAUUUAUUUCAUCCUGAGCUCUGCUUUCCAGGUAAGAGCUCACUGUUAAUUGUGCAGUGUGUGAUUUGGUUUUUCAGUGUAAAUACUCAGCUGUGAAGAAGCUUACUGUUACACAAGAAUUCACAGUUUCUGCUGAGAGUCAGAUGAUUUGAAUCACAUUGCUGCCUCCUGAGUCAGUCCACAGAAUCAACAAUUCAUCUUACAUUGAAAUUUCAUGCAGAGGUCAAACAUUUUGACUUGGCAGUGUCAUGAUAGCAUCUCAAAAUGCAACUGCUGAGGCUCACUGCAUUUAAUCUCCUCGUGGAUUUACUUGUUAAAUGUGAAAACCAGCUUCCAGUCAAAAUUUGUGUUUGUCAGAUUUUAUUCAAGAACACAUGUGUUUAUCCCUAAAACUUUGGCUGACUUGCUUCUUCAGUACAGAAAGAAGGAAAAAAUAUUCCCCAUGCUUUUCUGUCCAUUUAGAACUAAUUGAACAUUUAGUUUAAUUCUGUCCCUAAAUUUCAGUCCCUAAAUUUCAGGGUAAUCUUGAGGUGAAGCUGAGUUACACAUCACUGAAGCCUGAACUUAGGAAAGCACUUAAGUAAAUGUUUUAUUCCAUCCUUCUUAAAAAAAAAAAAAAAAAAAAAAAAAAAAAAAAACAAAACAAAAC